AUGAAGUUAACAUCGAACAAAUGGAAAGGCACCUUUUAUUACGCUCCUGGGGGAAAAACCCAGUUCCUCAGUGAAUCGUUAAACGUAUGGGAUAAUUUUGUUUUCGCAGUCGCACCUUUGGGAGUGUUGACAGCAGUGGUCUCUGCUAUUCUGGUAUGCGGCUCACCUUCCCUGCGGGCUUUCAUCGGGAGAGCGGCAGAAGGGUCGGGUCAGGCAGAAGUAGAGUUGCUGUCAUGCACCUCUGAAACAACCACCGAACUUUAUAGCGACAGAGGGAUUUCCCGGGUUUUUGGAGAGGCAGAUAUCCUUGAGAUUGUACAGGCAGAUAUGACAAAACUGCGUGACUUUUCCGACAAAGAACAUGCGCAGGUGCUUGCUCUAUUGAGAGAAAAUGCGGCCGCAUCGGAGUUAGAAACCACAAGCAUCCAUCCGUUUGACGAGCGUGGGGAACGCAGCGGCAAGCCGGCAAGAGCAUUGCUCAAACUUGGAAAAGGAUUCGCCGCGGCCUGCUACAAAUAUAUAGAAAGUCGAGCAAGGAAAGGCUCACAUGACCUGGGUGAAACUGCCGAUUGGGUCGUUAUCGCUGCAGUCAAGCAGAUGCAGAGGCUGAACCCCGAAGGCGACAUCGAAGAUACCUGGAUCAAACAUAAGGCGGAGAUAAUGAGAGAAAUUGAGGCCAAAAGAUGUCUUUAUACCCUCGAUGAGGCGGUCCAGUUCGGCAUAGUCGACAGAAAAAAUACCAGAGACAAUCUUGAAGGGGGAGAAGAAAGGGUUACUCACAAACCGAACUUGACGCUCAACGUUGGAAUCGGACAUCGAAAACGCGUAUUUACAUAUGCAGCAGCGGUAGGGGGGCUGACCUUGCAAAUCGGUAUGUCCACUGCCCUCUUCUAUGACUACAGCUAA